CCAUGGGCAUGGCCCCAUGAUUGAAGUGAACAAUGAAAAUACCACAAACCUUGAAAUUCAUGGUUAACAUAUUUUCACAGUUACGCCAUCAGUUAAUGGUGUAUCAUUCUGUAAAUAUUGCUUUGUUAUAACGAAAUUUUUCAUUUAUUGCAAUUGUUUAUUGAAACUACCAUCUGCAUAGUAAUGGCGGUCUAAAUGUCUUAAGUUUUUUUCUGUCAACAGUAAUCAUUUUGGCAAUAAAUACAAGUAAAUUUAUAUAUAGAAUAAGUUUUUUGUACAGAUGGUUAAUUAAAAGUAAACGGAUUAUUGUUUACUUCGUGAAGAUUUAAUCUUUUGAAAAAUGUAAUUUCGUGGAUAGUGUUUGUGACAUAACCUUCACGUGCUUCCAUAAAUAUGAACCCAAUCUAUGAUUACAUCCAAAGAAACCGUGUCUUGGCGAAAAUAGAAAAAGCUCAUGGCGCCAAAGCGACGAAUUUAGCGUUAGAUGAUUACGACUUGGUUAAAUUUCCCCCAUUGUUACUUAGUUGUGUCCAACUUACUUCGUUGAAUAUUGGUCAUAAUAAGCUUACAGAAUUACCAAAAUGCUUAGGACAAUUAACAAAUUUACAGAAUUUAUCUUUAGAACAUAACAAAUUCGAUAGUUUCCCGGAAGCACUCAGAGAUUUGCCUCAAUUAGUAACAUUAAAUAUAAGUCAUAAUCCUGUACAAGAUUUGACUAGUGAUAUUGGAACUUUGACUUCACUCGAAACUCUGUGGUGCAAUCGGUGCUGUUUAACAACUCUUCCGGAAGAAAUAGGUAACUUAUUGAAACUCGAAACUUUGGGAGCUAGGCAUAAUCAGUUGAGCAAGUUACCAGAGGGAAUAUGUAAUUUAACGCACCUGAAAUGGUUGACUUUGGAAGAUAAUCAGUUAUACACAGUUCCUAAGGAUUUUGAUAAACUACAAUCAUUAGUUCAUCUCAAUUUUACAGAAAACAAAUUUAAUUACAUACCUUCGAAUAUUUCAAAGUUAAAGCAAUUACGAUAUCUACACCUACGGUUUAACGAGUUCCUCUCUAUACCUGAAAGUGUUUUAAGUACCAUGAUGUGUGUUAAAAUCAACUUGUUACACAAUCCUCUUGCAUCUACUACAGAUAUCGACACGAUGUUUCCUAAUGUUAUAACAACACACAAACAGUUGGAAGAGGAUACAUCGGCAGAUUCAGAUUCAAGUUCAGACUGGGAAAAUAGUUUAUCUAGUUCAGAUCUGAAUUAUUCUGAUACAGAAUCAGACAGUGAUGAUGAAGAUGUUCUUAUUGAAAUUCCCAAAUUGUCAAAAUUUCUUGUUACUUUUUAAUUUAUACUUUUUAGCUUUAUUAUUUACCUCAAAGUAUUAUGAAAUAUCAUUGUUUAUUUUUGACAAUAAAAAUAUAAAUUAAAUCAA